AUGGCAGCAGUUUUUGGCAACAUUGGUCACUUUGAUGAAAGUAGUGAGCAGUGGAGCUCUUACACAGAAAGAUUUGAGUACUUUGUGGCAGCGAAUGCUAUUACUGAGGAGAAAGUGGUACCCACUUUCUUAAGUGUGAUGGGUCCAAAGACAUAUACACUACUGCGUAACCUCCUGCAGCCAGAAAAACCGGGAGAGAAAACAUAUGAUCAAAUAGUGGGCACUCUUAAAGCACAUUUCUCUCCAAAGCCCUUAGUAAUUGCAGAGCGAUUUCGAUUUCACCGACGAAAUCAGCUGGAAGGAGAAACCGUGACAAUGUUUGUAGCGGUGUUAAAAAAAUUAGCUGAACACUGUGAAUUUGGUGAAGUGCUAAAUGACACACUUCGAGACAGAUUAGUCUGCGGACUCCGCUCUGAGGGCAUACAAAAAAGACUGUUAACGGAGGGCAACCUGACACUACAAAGAGCUAUUGAGCUAAGUGUGUCUAUGGAAUUAGCUGCAAAGGAAGCACAGCAACUGAGCUCAAACAGUAAAGUGUAUAAGAUGGAGACCGAAAAACAAACUGAAAAUGAAGGCCCAUGUUUUCGCUGUGGUAAAACGGGACACUCACCUGUUUCAUGCUGGUUUAAAGAUGCGGAGUGCCGCAGCUGCAAGAAAAAAGGACACAUUGAGCGGGCAUGUAAAAAUAAAACAGAAAGAAAAAAAACGCUACAGAAACCAGUAUACAGAAGGAAGCAAAAGCAACAUGUGUUUGCAGUUGAGCAGGAAAACGAGGUUACUGAUACAUCUGAUGAGGAAUUUCCUUUGCAUGUGCUCACUGUCGCAGGUGGAACCAAGGCUUAUAAGGUCACCGCGCUGCUGGAAGGACAGCCUGUGAAAAUGGAGAUUGACACUGGUGCUGCUGUGUCGCUCGUGUCGGAUGCGGUAUACAGUGAAAUUCUGAGCCAUCUACCACUCACACCACCUGAUGUGAUUCUUAAGACUUACACUGGGGAAGCGGUGACCAUGAAAGGACUCACUCAGGUAACAGUUGAACUGAACGGACAAACAAAAAAACUGCCAUUGUAUGUGGUUUUGGGUGGUUACCCCUCGUUGAUGGGACGUUCGUGGCUGGAGCAACUCAAGGUGGACUGGCCAGCUAUACAUAUGAUGACACAUAAAACACUGGACCUUGAAGGUAUUCUCCGAAAACACAGUGAUGUUUUCAAACAGGAGUUGGGCAGCAUGGAGAAAAUCAAGGUGAAAUUGACUGUAGAGCCGGGAAGCCAGCCAAAAUUUUUAAAGGCCCGGCCCCUUCCAUAUGCGCUGAAACCCAAGGUAGAAGCAAGCUUAGCUGAGCUCAGGAAGGAGGGGGUGCUGGAACCAGUCAGUGUGAGUAAGUGGGCAACACCCAUUGUUCCAGUUUUAAAGAAAGAUGGAGGCAUAAGGAUCUGUGGGGAUUUUAAAGUCACUGUAAAUCCAGUGUUGUCAGCAGAACAAUACCCCUUGCCUCACAUUAAUGAUCUUUUUGCUGGGCUGACUGGAGGGCAAAAAUUCAGCAAAAUCGACCUCAACCAAGCAUACCUGCAGAUGCAUGUUGAGGAACAGUCCAGAGAACUUCUCACCAUUAACACCCACAAAGGCCUAUUUCGGUAUAAGCGGUUACCAUUCGGAAUUACUUCGGCUCCAUCCGUUUUUCAGCGUGCGAUGGAUCAAAUUCUGGCAGGGCUUCCAGGAGUGGUGUGUUACUUAGAUGACAUUCUAGUGACUGGCACUGAUGACGAGUCGCACUUACAACAUCUUGAUGCUACCCUUGAGAGACUGAAAGAAUACGGAUUGAGAGUGCGCAAGGACAAAUGUGAAUUUUUCCAGUUGUCAGUCGAGUACUUAGGACAUGUCAUUGAUGCCUCUGGGUUGCAUACAUCUCCAUCCAAGGUUAAGGCCAUUGUGGAUGCUCCAGUGCCCGAAAAUGUAAGCCAGCUGCGGUCUUUCCUCGGUUUGCUAAAUUAUUAUGGUCGUUUCAUCCCAAACAUUGCUACGUUGCUGAAACCCCUGCACAAAUUAUUGUGUCAUGAGAAAACUUGGAGGUGGACCUCUGAAUGCCAGGAGGCAUUCAAAAGAGCAAAAGAGACACUUUUAAGGUCAAAUGUCCUCACUUAUUUUGACCCUGCUCUUCCCAUUCAGCUGGCCUGCGACGCUUCUCCAUAUGGUGUGGGAGCUGUCUUGUCCCACAUCAUGCCAAAUGGUCAAGAGAGGCCAAUCGCAUUUGCUUCCAGGAGUCUGAGUAAAGCAGAAACAAACUAUGCUCAGAUCGAGCGAGAAGCGCUGAGUAUUGUGUUUGGAGUUCGCAAGUUUUAUCAGUACAUUUUUGGAAGGAAGUUCACGUUGCUGACCGAUCAUCGCCCACUCACUGCAAUUUUUGGCCCACACCAUGGCAUUCCCUCUCUUGCUGCCAGUAGGAUGCAAAGAUGGGCUUUGAUGUUAUCCGCUCACACCUAUGACAUCAAAUAUCGGAAGUCAGAAUUGCACGGAAAUGCGGACGGUCUGUCCAGAUUGCCUCUCGCAGACAGGAUAAAAGAGGCUCAAGUUGCAGAAAUUUUCUACUUCAGCCAGGUGGAAAGGGCCCCAGUAACAGCUGUGCAAGUACGUAAGAGCACACGCAGUGACCCUGUCCUGUCCAAAGUCAUGGAUAUCGUCAUGACAGGAAAAGGGGAGAGCGAUGACCUGGAGCUAAAACCAUACAUCUCUCGACGUCAUGAACUUUCAGUGCAGUCAGGCUGCUUGCUGUGGGGAAGGAGAGUGAUCAUUCCCCCGGUCCUGCGCAAGCAAGUGCUAAAACAGCUGCAUGUGGGACACUGUGGAAUGGUCCGAAUGAAAGAAAUUGCCAGGAGUUAUUUCUGGUGGCCAGGAGUGGACAGCCAAAUUGAGGAAAAGGCAAGAACAUGUACGUCAUGCCAGCGCAUACGUAAUGUACCACAACUGGCACCGCUGCACCCAUGGGAAUAUCCAGAGAAUCCAUGGCAUCGCAUUCAUAUUGAUUUUGCAGGUCCAGUCGAGGACAAAAUGCUGCUGGUUGUCGUGGAUGCACACAGUAAGUGGCCUGAGGUGGCUAUCAUGAAAUCUACCUCAGCUGAAAAGACAAUUGAGAAACUGGGAGAAAUUUUCAGUAGAUUUGGAUCUCCAGUGCAGCUGGUCUCAGAUAAUGGCCCUCAAUUUACAUCUCAGGAGAUGGCCACAUUUCUACAAGCAAACGGGGUGCAGCAUAUCACGUCAUCACCUUACCAUCCUGCAACAAAUGGGUUAGCAGAAAGGUUUGUCCAAACCAUGAAACAUGCGUUGAAAGCUUCACUCGGACAAGGGACAAUUCAUCAACGCCUUCAUAGCUUCUUGUUGUGCUAUCGCAGUACUCCGCACGCAACUACCAAAGUGUCACCAGCGUCUUUGUUGUUCAAUAGAGAGCUCAGGACAAGUUUUGAGCUGCUUAAACCAGCAACACUCAAAGAAACUGUCUUACGACAGCAAAAGAAUCAGGUACAGCGACGGAAUCUGCGAGCCAAGGACAGAACCUUUUCGGUAGGCUCACCAGUGCUGGCCCGGAACUAUGGUGGUGGUCCGAAAUGGGUUCCGGCUACUGUGGAGGCCCAGACGGGUCCAGUCUCACAGCAGCAGUUCAAAGAGGGCGUGUCCUGGGUGUGA